CCUCUGCAGCAACGAGACGUACCCACAGACAGACACUCUUCCUCAACGGGAUAUCCUCAGAGUCCGACAUGGACAUGCCAUGGCGCGAGUCAGACGACGGCUUGGCCGACAUGGAGACCGUGCCGGUGGUGAGCUCGGUCAAUGUGGCGGAGACCAUGUCGGGGAAGGCCGUACGGGAGCUGGGCACAGCCAUGCGGAGGAAGCGCAAGGCUUGGGGAGAUGCCGAUGGUGCCCGCCCGUCAAAGAGCAAGAUCCCUGUCCGGCCAGUGCUCGCUGAUGACUUGGCAAGCGACGAUGACGACGCCGACAAUGAUGACGAUGGUGACGGCCAAGAUGAUGGUGGUGGCGGCGGGCAACUCGCCCUUGAUCCGGCCGUUUUGGCACUGCAAGCGCUGGACGGAUGGUUGGCAGAGGGAGGCGCGGACGAUUGUGAUGCGUGCGCGAUGCCGGUGCAGGUGAUGGUCACCGGCCGGCGCCGGGUGGCGCUCACGGUCUCAGCGGCGCAUCUGGAUCUCCAGCUCGCGCGGACUCUGCGGAGAGCGGGGCGGGUGGUCCGUGGCCUCAGCAUCCGCGGUUGCGAGCACGUCUCGGACUCGGCCAUCCACCGGACUAUCCCAGAGUUGCCGAACCUGGUCGAGCUCUCGAUGUCGGGCGCGUCGCGCGUUGGCUUCUCGUCGAUGCGGCACUUUGCACGCAGGGCGCGGUCUCUUCGCAUUGUCGACGUGACGCGCACAAGGCUGGAGGCACAAGGCGUAACGGUCUAUCUAAAGCGUGUGUAUGCGCCCGCGAGCGUCUCGGUCAUUGCCUCGCCGUCGCAAGAGUCGUCCAGCUGAUUGGAAGGCCAAGGAGCAACGGUUUAUGUGGAGACGCGACCGCGCUGGCGGAGCCUCAGUCGUCGUCAGACGUCGAGGUGUAGUACGAGCUCGAUGUGGUGGUGAUGGAGAUGUCGUCAUCGUCAUCGUCGUCGUCGUCGUCGGUGGCGGCGGUGUGGCCGUCGGCGCUCGGAUCGAGGGCCGCCGAGCUCACGCCUUCAGAGGUCGAGCCGCCAUCGCGGGUGUCCGUCACAGGCCCGCACGAGGUGGCGUCGUCAGAGCGCUUGUUUGCCGACGAGGUGCGCGGCUUGGACGACCCGUCGUCGUCGGCGUCAGCGUCGUGCGUGUCGUCGAUAGUGAUAAAGUCGUCGGCGGGCCCGCCGGUGCCG